AUGGUUCUUCGUGUCUUUUUUAUUUCAUCAACCGGUCGUCGUGAUAUACGUAAACGACAAAUUCAUGUCUUUGCAGUGUUAAGCUCAUGGAAAUACGAAUACGAAGCAAUUGAUGUCGCUGCGCCAGAGCACGAAGAAGACCGAGAUUUUGUCAUUGAAAGUGGAAAGAAAACAGAAGAUGGUAAAAUUAUGUUACCGCAAAUUUUUAAAGAAGACGAAUGCUGUGGCGAUUAUCUGGACUUUCUACAAGCUAUCGAACAUGAAAAAUUGCAACUGUUUUUGAAGCAAAUUACACAGGAAGAAUUCGAUGCCAUGGAAAAAAGUAGCCAAAACGAAACGAAGGAAGAGGAAGCUGAAGAGAACAAAGAAGAUGAAGAAGGUGAGACGAAAGAAGGCGAAGAAGGUGAAGAGACUGAAGACGGCGAAAAAGAAGAAAAAACUGGCGAUGAAGAUGAGGAAAACAAGGAAGAAGGUGAUGAAAGUACUAAAGAAGAAGCUGAAGGUGAUGAAGAAGAGAAAGUCAAAGAAGAAAACGAAGAGGAAACUGAAGAAACCAAAGCUGAUGAGGAAGAAGGAGAGAAGGAGGAGAAGCCUGAUGAAGACGAGGAAGAGAAAGAAGAAAAAGCUCAAGAAGACGAAGAUAAUGAAGAAAAGCCUGCAGAAGAAGAGAAAGAAGAGGAAGAAGAGAAGGCUGAAAAAGAAAAAGACGAAGAAGAGGAAAAACCUGCCGAAGAAACGAAAACCAAGAAAGCUUCGGUUAGUGAAGAAUCUAAAGAAAAACCAGCAGCAGGUCGACGACGUCGAGGUUGGGAUACAAAUGAUGACGAAGAGAAGAAAUCAGAAACAACAAAAGCAGCAGAUGAAGAAACCGCCAAGGAUGAAGAAACAAAACCAGCAGAAAAGAAACCUAGUCGUCGAUCGCGUGGUUGGGACACGGAUGAUAAAGAAGAUGACAAAUCCACAAGAAAGAAAUCCGAUGCUAGCGAUACGAAAAGCGAAGAUAAAGCGUCGGAACGUAAAAAAUCCGAUGCAAAGGAAAAUGAAAGUGAAUCGAAAACAGAAAAGAAAGCGGAAACAACUUCGUCACGUCGUCGUCGUGGUUGGGAUGAAGAAGAUAAAAAAGCUGAAGAAACAACGAAAACUGAAGAGAAAAAGGAGGAGACUUCGACAGCCGCAUCCCGAAGACGCCGCGGUUGGGAUGAGGAGGACAAGAAAGCUGAAGAAGCAACGAAAACUGAAGAGAAAAAAGAGGAAACUUCGACAGCUUCAUCCCGAAGACGCCGUGGUUGGGACGAAGAGGACAAGAAAGCUGAAGAAGCAACAAAAACUGACGAAAACAAAGACAAAGAGGAGAAAGACAAAAAGGAAGAAAGUUCCACAACAACAUCGAGACGUCGACGUGGUUGGGAUGAAGAUGAUAAGAAAGCAGAGGAGACAACGAAAGCUGAAGAGAAGAAAGAAGAAGCUUCGACUGCCUCAUCUCGACGCCGACGCGGUUGGGAUGAUUCGGAUAAGAAAGAAGAGACUACUGAAGAGAAGAAAUCCGAAGAAACUGAAAAGAAGAAAGACGAUGAAGAUACGAAACCAGCUGAUAAACCAACUGGCCGUCGACGUGCCGGUGGUUGGUGA